CGCCGGGCCAUGCUGCUGCGGCCGCUGUGGGGCUCGGCCUCCCGGGCGGUACGUCGCGCAGGGCUCGGGAGCCUCAGGAGGCCCGGGAGCCCCGUCCCGGGACCCCGGCCGCGGGGUGCGCAGCGCCGAGCUGAGCUUCCGGAUAAAGCUGGAGAAAAUGAAAAAGAGAAAAAGUCAGUGAUCUGUGUGGAGGGCAAUAUUGCAAGUGGGAAGACCACAUGCCUGGAAUUCUUCUCCAGGACAACAGACCUAGAGGUGUUGACGGAGCCUGUGUCCAAGUGGAGAAAUGUGCAUGGGCACAAUCCUCUGGGUCUGAUGUACCAUGACCCCUGCCGAUGGGGCCUCACGCUGCAGACAUACGUGCAGCUCACCAUGCUGGACCAGCAUACCCGGCCGCAGAUGUCACCUGUACGCUUGAUGGAGAGGUCGAUUCACAGCGCAAGAUACGUUUUUGUAGAAAACCUCUAUAGAAGCGGGAAGAUGCCUGAGGUGGACUAUGUGGUUCUGUCAGAAUGGUUUGACUGGAUCGUGCAGAACAUCGACGUCUCUGUUGAUCUGAUAGUUUAUCUCCGGACCACUCCUGAGACCUGUCACCAAAGGUUGAAGAUGAGAUGCAGAGAGGAGGAGAAGGUCAUCCCACUGGAGUACCUGGACGCCAUUCACCAGCUCUAUGAAGAGUGGUUCCUCAGCGGAAGCCGCUUCCCUGUGGCGGCCCCUGUCCUGGUGAUUGAGGCUGACCACGACAGACAGAAAAUGUUAGAGCUCUUUGAACAAAACCGCGACCGGAUCUUAAUGCCCCAAAACCAGAAGUAUGGCUCGUAG